AGGCAGAAUCCGCGCAGAUAGCAAAUGGUGCUGGAGCCGCCGCAUCAAGCCUCAACAACACACUUGUCAAAGAGCAGUUUCCUAGCAAAUCGCCGAAGGCCGAUGAAGGGACGAUGCUGGGAAGAGAGAAGCUCGCAUCUUCAAAUGCACGCUCUAAUGCUGUGAAAGACGAGGACAAACGCGCAGGACCCACUGGUGAUGCAGGAUCUACUAGUGGUACCAAAACCGACGCACCAGGACAAGCUGAUAAAAAGAGCACCAAAAAUGAUCAUGACGUUCGAGGUGUCUUUCCCUCUUCCGCGCCAGGUAAGAAAGGCGCAGGAAACGCUCUUACAACCGGCGAUGCAGAGGGAAGGGCCGUUCCUUCCACGAAGCCGAAGGCUGCACCUCACUCUGCCACUCUAGCCACUGCUAGCAACAAACCAGAUGCUGUUGCUGGAGGGUCUACUUGUGCGAAAAAUUCUUCGAAGAAGCAGGAUGGGCUGGAGAGGGGAGCGCCGAGUGGUGCUGAAGCGACAACUGUGGGAACAACAUCAACUGUGGGAACAAACCCUUUUCAUGUCGCAUCAAACAACCCGUUUGAGGUCGAAUCAAGAAACCCGUUUGAUACGACAAUUAGUAACUGGGAUCUACCAGGUUCGCCAUCAACUGGUGACGUUGACAAGACGGAUGUUGACAAGACGGAUGUUGUCAAGGGGUCAGUGGAUACUUCUAAGGAGUCAGAAGAUAAUCAAGCUCCUGCUGCAACUACCACAGAGGUGGACAUCAAAGAUGAUACAACAAGCAAAGGCAGCACGGGGCCAAACGCUUCGAUUGAGAAAGCUGCCACAGACAUGAAAGAUGGGACGUCGCACUGUGCAACAGGAGCUCCGCUAACCACAGCUAAAAGUACUGCGCCUGCUGGUACGACAAGUGAUGGCACGGGACGUGCGCACGUUCCGAAAGCGCCGGUAGUAGCUCCUCCGCCGCCGCCUCCGAUGGACUGCGGUGCACCUCCAGCAAUGACGGGCUUCGAUUUCCAUCUCCAACGUGCUGCUGUGCCACAGCAGCACGUUUUGCAUCCUUUUCACGACAAUAAAGCCAGCAUGGCACGCGGCAUCCCGUUAGCUGCUAUGUCACAGCGAAACACUUGUUCUAUGUUCGUGCAAAAUCACAACGAUAAUAGUGCGAUGUUGAUGAAUACGGGUCCGGCUGCGGGUCCGGGUGCUCCUAACAUGCCGUUAGGUGCCUCUAACAUGCCAUUAGGUGGAGCAGGACCUCUUAAUCCUUUACAACCUCUACAACAACACGGCAACAUCAACUUCUACAAUACCAAUGCUUCUCCCAUCCUUCCUCCCGGUCCUGCUUACUGGCCACAGAAAGGGGCGCCGCCCGCAAAUACUGGAGGGUGGCAUCAGCAGAGUGUCUCGAAUGUGAGCACGUACAAUUAUCAGGGAUCAACAUAUCAGAGUGCGAAGAACCACAACAGGAACAACACAAAUGAUUAUUCUCAAUCAGUCAGAGGAAGCGACCGCGCCGGUGGUCAGGGCCUGCCAUUUAUAGGAGGUGCACCGCCACAGGCCCCUGGCGCCGAGAACAAUUCGCUCACGAGGAAAAACGCCGCGAUCCAUAGCAACAUGAACGAUCCUACGAAGACAAGCAAGAACGUUAGUCACGCCGAUUACAUCUUGUGGAAACACGGCUACACUUCACAUAGUAAGCAUGAUCAGAAGCUCCUGUACGAGGAGACGACGAAGAAGGACUACGAGGAGACGACGAAGAAGGACUACGAGGAGACGACGAAGAAGGACGACGGAAUCAACAACUACGACCCACCUCGUCGACAGUAUGACACAGCGAGGACGAAGGACAACAACAAUAACAACAAGAGCUACAACAAUCUGGCCAGGUUUAAACACCAGUAUGCUGACAAGCAUCUUCAGUAUGACAAUAUUACGAAAAAAAAGGAACAAGAUCAGGGGUACCUCAGUCGUCCAAAGGACGACUACCGCAGUCGUCCGAAGGAGGAUCGCUUUACUCGCCGCUCUAGAUCUCGUUCGAAACGACGCAUGUCAAAACGACGAUCUCGAGAACGCAAUGCCGACCGCUACAGCAGCAAUGCCGAUCGCUACAACAAACGUGACUACAACACUGAGGCAACAGGAUACAAUGCCGAGGGAGCGAGAGGAUACAACACCGAGACACGAGGAUACAACGCCGAGGCAAGAGGAACCUACAUUAAGGGGGAUGCCGAAUGCAUCAUUUCCAAAUGAGUCCUCUGGGGAAGAGAGAACAAAACUACUUUUUCUUUGAAAUCAUGAUUUUCUUGCGAUUGUACAGUUGUUAAGCUUAUUCUUCUUAGACGUAAAUGCGUAUCUCUCUCUCCCGCUAGUGUUAGCAGAUAGGAGGAAGCUUGACGAUAGUUACCCUUUUUCUCUUUUCUAUCUUCCUCUGGUCUUUCUUUUUAGGUCGGCUCCACCACGACUAUUAGGCUCGUCGCACAUACGAGGGGGAGCACGAAUUUCAGGCAGAUGUCUCUCUUUCAGAGUUCUAAUGAUUGAGGAAGCAAUCGCGGAGGAACUGGUCGCCGGGACAGCAGAGGACGUAGAGGAACUUCUAGGGAGCAACAUUACGACGUCGACUCGAAGAAAUACCAUCAUCAAUCUAGUAGUUACGACGACGACUCGAAGAAAUACCAUCGGUCGGGAGGCUUUUCCUCAUCUACUUCUGCAUGGGGUGGGGGUGUAG